AGGAACCAGGGAGUGGAGCUUGAUAGGAUCUAGAUGAAUAGGAUCUCAUGGAGUGGAAGUGGCGGCAUUUCUUCCAUUGCGGCAGCUCAUCCCUGAUCGUGGGCGAUGGUCUCGCGAGCCUCAAUCAAGCUAUCACACUCGUUGCCUCGAUCGACCAAAAGGCUCUUAAGGGGGAAAGGAAUAUCCUGUUCUAGUGUAAACCCUAAUGAGUUUGGGCGGGACGAUGAAGCGGCAGCGGCGAUCGUCUUCCCGGAUUGCUGCGCGCGGUGGUGCGCCGGAGCCAGAAGGGGAAACUGUCGACUUUGGUGUGGGCUACAUGGAAGACAAUGUGCUCGCAAUGCUGGAUUCACAGGGCGUCAAAGACGCCGAAUCCAUUCGAGACGACAAGCUUUCGUUCCUGGAUGUCGUUUUUGAGGAGUUUGUGAUGCCCGAGAAAGCCAGGCCAAGCAAGAGCAUCUACAGAGCUGUCUACUCGUGUUUGCGAGAAAGCAAAUCCAUGGAGGUGGCAAUGGCGAGCUACAGACUUUUGAAAGACUUAGACGAGGUAGUCAUAUCUUACGCGUCGGAAGUCCCUUACAAAAAUGUUUCCUGCAUUACCUCCUUGAAUCUGUCAUCGCUUGCCAGAGAUUUAAUGGUUAAAGAGUCUCCAAUCUGCGCCUUUCCGGUGAAAACACUUGUGUUUCGGCACUUCAUUGAUCAGUUGGUCAAAGAUUUUGAGCAGACACGGGCAAGCUUCGAUGGUGCAAAUAUGGAGAGGUUUUGCGUUUAUAAGCAGUUGGAGAUGUGCGGUGGAAAUUCUUCCUUUGAUAAGAUCCUCCUGGAGUUGCUACAUUUUAGUUUGGAGGGAGUGACAGAGAACAAUAGCAGUCUCCAGUACUUCGACAUCAUUUAUAAAUCGACCCAAGCGUUGAUAUCUCUGCUAUUUCACCUUGAUGAACUGAAAACGAGCUUAACGAAGGAUUAUAUCGACCAGUUAGUGGACAAACUGUUCAAGAAUAACGGUGAAAAAAUGCCUAUUUUCUUGGAGGCAAUCCAGAAACCCGAGCAGAAGCUCCAAUUCGUAAUGGAGUGUUUUGUUAAGCUAUUUUCCUCAAGGCGACCACCUAUAGAUUUUUCAUCCUUCGAAGUCUUGCUGCAACGCUUCGAUGAUCGAACUGCGCAGGUCUUACUCAAAGAAUCACAAUCACAAUUGCUGCUUGCUCACGCGUUUCAGGCAAUUCUCUGCAUCAAUCCUUCCGACGGCUCUUCGAUUGCAGGACUGUUCAUCGCUGCUUUUGAAAAGCUUCAAGCGGUUCCUCGGGAUUUCAUUGUCCAUCCGACUGCAAAGCAGGCCUUGGUUGUGGCGGAGGUCUUGAGCAACAUCUGAAGUCGUCAACUCCAAUUGAGAAAGACUAAUCUCUAAGACCGGUAUUAACAGAUUUUUAUCGGCUGCGACUCCGCUGUGGAGUGUUCUUCGGACUCUUUCGUGGUGAUGGUGUCCUACUGAGGCCUCUUCUCGGAGAACCGCCGCCUCCAUUCUCACCACCCAUGACUUUCGUGGUCCACUGCUCAAUCAAUCAAUCGAUUGAUCAAAUCCAUUUAUUCAGAAAAGUUUCCUUCUAA